AUGCAGAUAAUCGACACUGCUAGUGGACGACAGCUUGGUCCUUGUGAAUUGGGAGAGAUAACAUUUCGCUCACCGCACCACAUGAGGGGCUAUUACAAACGACCAGAUGCGACGGCCGAAGUUCUCAAUGAGCAGCGAUGGCUUCGAAGUGGCGAUGCCGGAUACUAUGACCGCUCCGGCCAGCUAUACAUUGUAGAGCGCCUCAAGGAUAUGAUCAAGUGUCUGGAUCAGCAAGUGGCUCCUACAGAAAUAGAGACUCUUCUGAACGAGCACCCACUUGUUCUGGAGGCUGCUGUCGUUGGAAUUGAUCAUCCAGAUUUCGGUGAAGCACCAACGGCUUUCGUGGUUAUUGAGCCGUCCUCCAGAGGGCGCAUCAGCGAAGAGGACCUACUGCGACUUGUUUCAGAUCAAGCAGCCUUUCACAAGAACUUGCAUGGCGGUGUUUUUUUCGUGGAUAACAUCCCAAAGACGGACACGGGAAAAUACCUAAGGAGGGAGCUGCGGCGAUGGCACUUGGAUCAUCUCAAGAAAGCACGCUACGAGCCUUGAUCUAUAUAUUUACCUGACAUCCCUGCGCCUCUAGUAUAACAUUUACAAUGUAUGCAGAAGGUUAUUCAAUAUCUAAGGAAACACUCGAGGAGAGACAGAGUGGAUAUCCGUCAUGAGCCGAGCACUCACCAACACACUGACACUUCAGACGACAAUGUAACAAGCGAGAUUGCGCGCGAAACGUAAAGACCAGUGCAGAUUUUAAAAGCUUGAUCGCAACGUGACGUGUUGUGAAAAAAUGGAAAUCCACAGUCCAGGAGUCAGAUCGAGUGGGUUCUUCUACAUGUGGCGAUAUUUUUAUACAUACUCUCUUGAAUGCGAAUACUUGGGCGAGCAGAAAAAUUAUGCUCGAUCGAUAAAAUACCUAGGUUCAGCCACACGUAGAACAAUAGGCAGACCAAGGCGAACAUAGCAUAUCCUCUACAGCUGUGUGACGCUCGCGCAGGUCAACAUUUAUUACAUCCGCAACAACUGGCAAAUAUUUUAAGAGCAGAGCUCUUAAACUUCUCUGCAGGCCAUGUAGAGUCACCAGAAAACGGUGAUAAUCAUUAUACGCAUUCACCUUCUGCUCGCUCCCCGAACAUGUGCGCCAAUUUUUCCGUUGUGGGUUGCAAUAACUCUGAUGGGCAAGAGAAAGAUUACAGAGAGAAAUAAGGAAAGCGAGAAAUAAGGAAAGAGAGAGAGAAAGAAAGAGGUAAAUUGCUGACGAAGCAAAAUUUCUUGGUGAGGCGGAACUCGAUCUCACGUACCCACGAUCUUAGGGCGAGCGUCGUAACGAUUGGGCUAACCGUACACGCUAGCAGAGCUUGUGUAGUAUAGUGUAACAAGAGGAAAGAGAUGUGAAGGUGGGGAGCAGGGAAAGGAGGUUCAGAGAGUGUAAACCAUUGCAUUG